ACAGUUGAUUUAUUGUGAUCUUUUACUCAUCAUUAUAGGAGAUGGAAGCCAUUGAUGCCAAUGGGGUCAAACUAAAAACACUUAACUGGCAAGAAGUUAAUGCUUAUGAGGAUCUAGACACAUUUUAUGAGGCAUCUUAGCUAUUUUAUAUGUAGCAGUAUCUCCCGUGACUUAAAAACAUAAGCUAAACAAAACUAAAUCCUGAAUUACAAAGGGAACAGCAAAGCUUGCAGAAAGAAAAAUGGAUACAAGACAUUUCUGAAAACAAUAAAAUACGCAGAACUUUCAUAUAAGGGAAAUCGCAAACUAUUAGAGCAGAAUGCAGCAGAAACACUUGUAAAAAUAAAAUAAAGUGUUGCUAAUGGAUUCAAGAGCAGUUUUAUUAAAAUAGGUUGUGCUUAAGCUACUGAGAUUUCCACCCUUUGUUGACCUAUAAACUUGAUGGAAUUUAAUAUUUAUUGGUAAAAAUAAAAUAAAAAAGAAAUACUGAACAGUGUUCAGAAAUUCAAAAGUAAAUGAUCAGAUUGCAUAGAACUCUGUCAUCAAUAAGGAAUUAGAAAGUAAUCAGUUGACCUUAAUAGCAGUAAUUAAACUGCGUGAAGACAUUUCUUCUUCCUUGGAUAGUAGAACUACUGUGGAAAUGUUUAUUUCAAAAACAGUUGACACUAUUAACACUUAAUUACUACAGAAACUGGAGAGUAGUGGAGGGAGAGCACACUCAUGGCUUACCCGUUAUCUGGAAGUUCAGCACCAAUAAGGUAAAAUGAAUGAAGACUCAAAAUCAAUUGUGGGGUCCCUCAAGGUUCCAUCCUUGGUCCUAAUUCAUACAUAUUAUACAGUAAUACAAACUGUAAAGUUUCAGUUUGUAUUUGUAGACUACACCAAUUUUUUUACUGUUUUGAAAAAUCCUUGGUGACCUAAAAGACGUGGAAAGCACAAUAAAUAUCAAAGAGCAGUUUGACUUUAAGAAUCGAUCAGUUGAACUAAACCCAAGUUUAUAAUAUUUAGUAAAUAUUCGCAAAGGAUACAUGAAAGUGAAAGAUGACUUUCUGAGAAUAACAAUUAAGCCGGAAGGCACAUAUUAAAAUUAUAAAAAAUUUAAAUAUCUAGAACUAUUUCUGUAUUUCACAAAACAAAAUACAUUUAAACCAAAUGUCAUUCUGUAUGAUAAUUCUCCCUCAUAGUUCAAGACAUCACACAUCUUUUGGAGAUUUGGAGGAAAGAAGUAUCGAAACAGCACUCCACCAGACUACAUGUUACAGGAGAGCUAUAAACCUUUUAAAAGAACCUCACUUCAGAAAUCCCGAACUGUUCCGGUGGCGAAAGUUCCAGCGCUUCUGUGGAGUUUUCAUUAGCAAAAUGAUCUGUAAAUUCCGCCAGAGUGCGCUGUAGUGCUACAUUUGAACGGUGCUUCACGGACAAUACGGGGUUUGCAUUGGAAAUGGAAUAUGACCACAUAAACACAUCACGCAUCAAAUAUACAGUAAAAAGGCGAGCAGCAGCAGUGAUAUAAUAAAUGCGACAGUGUGAAAGUGAUGCAGAUUAGAACUAGUUAGGAUGGAUGUGAACACAGCUUCAAAGACUCCAAAUAGUCAAAAGUAGAAGAUUUUAUGCUGCAACAAAGCAUUUUAGCAAACUUUAAAGGCAGGCAUAAAAAUCAGCAGCGACGAUGGAGGUCUCGCUGUGCAGUAUAAAAGGGAGUCUUGAUGACCCGGCUUCCAUGGUCUCCGGGUGUUUUACUUUACUGAGGGGGGCGGUGCACUUCUCCAGACCCCUCCCGCCCCCAAACGCCGUUCCACAAACAGUGACCAGCAGGCAGACCGGUAGUCAGGAUCUUCUUCCACAUCCAGCAGUCACAGCUGCACUCCAUGCCCGCAGCCUCUCCGGGAUAGAGCGCCAUCGAUCAAGCGUCCGUGCGUUCAGCGAAGCGGUCAGCAGGCUGGAAGUCCGCGGCGUUCGGCCGAACAUGCUGGAGAACGGCAGGAAGGUGUACAAGGAGGGUCUGCUGGAGAAGCGGAGCGACGGGCUGCUGCAGCUUUGGAAGAAGAAGCAUUGCGUCCUGACCGAGGACGGCGUGCUGCUGCUGCCGCCCAAGCAGCACGAUCACCCACAGCAGCAGCAGCACCAUAGCGGCGGUGGGGACACGGGCAAAGUCAAGGAGCUCCACUUCGCCAACAUGAAGACGGUGGACUGCGUGGAGCGAAAGGGCAAGUACGUGUACUUCACCGUGGUCAUGACGGAGGGGAAGGAGAUCGACUUCAGGUGCCCGCAGGACGAGGGCUGGAACGCGGAGAUCACCUUGCAGAUGGUCCAGUACAAGAACCGACAGGCGAUCCUCGCCGUCAAAUCCACCCGGCAGAAGCAGCAGCUGCUCGUCGUGCAGAUGCCCGGACAGAAGACCGUCCGGAGCUCCCCGAGCGUGGCGUGACCCGCGGCGAGCCCCGCAGACUCCGUCGCGCCUUCAGCGGUGAAUUUGACACUCACCCGAGGAAGAAUUUGAACCCAGGCUUCAUCUCCCCCUGCUGCUACUUCACCAAGCUCCAUCCUCCAGGAGAAUGCCCCCUGUUUCAUGUUGUGGUCACCACACACCAGCCCACCCCCCUUUUUUUCAAUACAGAGACUUACUUCACAAAAGACUGAUGGACUAAAAGCAUGUGAGAAAACAUCUGUAUUCUACCGUGCAAUGGGUUUGUCCCUUAUUUAUUUGAUGUGUAUAUAUAUUUUUUAUAAAAAUGUUCUGUCUUUGAAUGUCAAGUGUGGGAGUUGCUGGAGUGGAACAGGAAACGUUCGGUAAACUUGGAACGCCUAACACACUCGGACUUUAAGGAAGCGUUUCGUGAUGUUGCCUAAAGAUUACAAAGCCUGAAACCUUCAAGAGAUGUCGGUGAAGGAAGGCUCGUCUAGUGACACAGCGGUCCUUCCUUUAGCUUUUAGGAAGCAUUUUCUUAUCGCUUCCUGGGACGCUGCAUAUCUGCGGUUGGUGGCUGUAGGUUAGUCCAACCAGCUCAUUAUGGAUGAAACAUGUCAAUACUCCUGGUUUUAUUUUCUAACAGAGCCAAAGACUCAUUUGAUACAUUUCUCUUAUUGUGCAGUGUUUCUCCUCACUACACUAAACAUGUAUAGAUUGAGAAUACGAUCCUGCUCUACAUAUGAACAAUUGGUUUUAUAUGCUUGAUUACAACAGUGUAUUUUAGUGUUUCCACUGUGUGCGUCAGUUGUUUUCUUUUGCUGCAUUUGUAAUGUUCUUAAGUGUAGGACAUACACUGGCUUAUUAACCAUGUACAAUAAGGUUAAACUGACCUUUCAAAAAACUGAGCUGCUUCAGCAACAGUUUCAAUGCUUGGAUAACAUCUUAGUAGAAACCUAAAAUUACAUUCAACUUAGACAUUAAAAACAGCCACACUGGAAUUGUCACUAUCUAUAAAAUUUGUGCUAUUUAAUGAGGUUUCUGAAUGGGUAAUUCUGUUAAAGUUUAUUUUCUGGGUGACAAGUGCUAGCAGGUUAGUGAACUAAGCCAUUGUAGAAGCUUUAUGCUUUUUCAGCUUAUGGUGCGCUUGUUUUGUACACAGAAUUUGGAUUUUCUGACGUCCCAGCUGGAAAUACACAAAGAAAGACAGAUUUCCGACUCUGUAAAUCAAAGGUCUUUAAGCAGGUCCGAGUUCUAGAUCCAAUGUGGCUGCCCCACAAAGUUGCACGUCUGAAGUGUUAAUUUGCACUUCUGACCUAAAGUAUUUUGUUAAACCAGUGGCUCGCCGCACCUUUUAUUAGUGAAAAUGUUCCUUUAGAGUUUCAACAAAUAAACGGAACAGGGAACCAUUGUUAUCUGCAUGUAUUUCAAACAGUAAACAACAAUUUUACCAAAGUUACCAAAAAAAAUAAAUGCCCAAUUGUUAAAUUACAUGGGUGCAUAAUAGUUUAUAGGCACAAAAUGGAAGUGUGAAACAACAGUGUGUUGAUGUGUAGAUACGAACAAGAUUGUGUAUUGAUGAUCAUAACAGACCUCUAUAAUUUAAAAGCUUUAGAGCGUCUCUUUUCCAAGCUGCUCUAAGCUGAUUCAUAAUUAUUUACUGGAGAGGGACAAUAAUCCUUGUCCAAUACUUAAAAUUACAUCCAGAGGGUUUUGUAUGACUCAAAUAACAAAAUAGUAAACAUGUUGGAAGAAUCUAUAUUGUGUUAAUUGCAUAAGGAAGGAAACAAACAUAUAUCUCAAUAAGUCACUGUUGCAGCUCAGUUUUUUGAACGCCCGGGAAAAAUUCCAAAUCUGAUUUAUAUCAUGAAGAAAAGUUAGAGCUUGGAUAAGAAAGAAAACAUAACAAUACAUGUAAAGGCUGUGCACAGAGCAAUAUUCAGUCACACACGGUAGACAGCAGCCUUAGAAAUGUCUUGUGUUGCACCAGGACAUGCUUUAUCUCACUGUGGCUCAUGAUGUUUCCUUUUUCCGGGGAGGGUCUCCCACCGCUUACCAGUGUAUCACAGUUUAUCCAACACAUGCCUUUGUGUUGCUGUCAUCUCCCACACAGGGCCAAAGCUGUGCCCUUUAGCUAACGUAGCUGCGUGAUCCUUGUCCAACAUGCCUUCCUGUUUUCAUCAUUCCGCACCGUUAGGAACUACUGUCCAAUUUCUUAUUUCCACGGAGAUCUAUUUUCAUACCUCAAAAAGAUACAUUCCAUUAAAAUAACAAACAAAAAAAUCCUAAA